CUAAGUCGUUAGCCAACACUGCCGCCCAUUUGGCGCCAAACACAGCAGUCAGCUGAUUUCAUUUCGCGUUCCUACCGGUGAAGAAACUUUAAUUGGCACAGAGCUGACCUAAACAAAUAAAUAAAUAAGCGGAACCCGGCGACUUUAAGACACCACGACAUCGGGCCGCAGUCAGUGUAAAGCCUGCGAUGGAUCCCACCAUUUCAGUGUCUAAGGGUUGUUUUGUCUACAAAAAUGGCGCUACGAGAGCCGGGAAAAAAGCAGCCGGCAAGCGGAAGCGUCCUGCCGCGGAAUCCAGUAGCCUACUGGGUCAGGAGGUAGUGCAGCAGCCCUUCUAUAAGGAAUACCGCAACGCCUGGAACCAGGUAAACGAUCACAUCGCUGAUCUGCAGCACCGCAGCUAUGCCCGCACUCUGGAGCAACUGGUGGACUUUGUGGUGGGGCAGGCAGAGCGCGCCACCCCGGACGAGGUGCUGCCCACCGCCGCCUUGUUAACGGGCAUUAAUCAGCCGGAUCAUCUCAGCCAGUUCACGGCACUUACACAGCGACUCCAUGCUCAACGUGCUGCAAUGGUCUGUGUGCUGCAGUCGAGAGAUUGCGCCACUCUGAAGGCUGCCGUGGAGUCAUUGGUUUUUGGGCUUGUAGAAGAUGAUGCGGAAGUUGAGCAGAUGGAUGACGCGGACGAGGAUGGCGCCGAACGGGAUCGCAAGCGGCUACGUCGCUCGCAGUGCACCAUGAAGCAGCUUAAGUCCUGGUACUCGAACAACUUUGACUCGGAACGGAAGCGUCGCCAGCUGGUCGUUAUCCUUCCCGACUUUGAGUGCUUCAACGUAGGCGUGCUGCAGGAUCUCAUCCUCAUUCUGAGCGCCCACUGCGGCUCACUUCCAUUUGUCCUUGUCCUGGGAGUGGCCACGGCCAUGACAGCAGUGCACGGAACACUUCCCUACCACGUGAGCAGCAAGAUUCGUCUAAGGGUUUUCCAGACUCAAGCUGCUCCAACGGGUCUCAAUGAGGUGCUAGAUAAAGUUCUGCUAUCGCCCAAGUACGCUUUCCACCUCUCCGGAAAAACAUUCAAGUUCCUGACCCACAUCUUCUUAUACUACGAUUUCUCAAUCCACGGUUUUAUUCAGGGCUUCAAGUACUGCCUGAUGGAACACUUUUUUGGUGGAAAUGCCUUUGCGCUUUGCACGGACUACAGCAAAGCCUUGGGACGCAUAAAGCAGCUGUCCCACGAGGAUAUGGAGACUAUCAGAAGGCUCCCAUCGUUUCGUCCGUACGUCGAGCAGAUCAAUGAUUGUAAACGCAUAAUAGCCGUGCUCACAGACGAUGAAUACCUGAAGAAGAAACUGCCGCAGCUGCUGCGCGACUGCCUGCUCCACUUCCUGCUCUUUCGCUGCUCCCUGGAGUUUAUUACAGAGCUUGUAGGGGAUCUGCCGCGCUGCCCUCUAGGAAAGCUGCGCCGUGAAUUGUACGUUAACUGUCUCAACCGAGCUAUCAUUUCGUCACCAGAGUACAAGGAGUGUCAGCAGAUGCUUAGCUUUCUGUCCAAGGACGAAUUUGUCGCUAAGGUAAACCGAUCCUUGGAAAGGACUGAGCAGUUCCUAGUUGAGGAAAUUGCUACACUGGAAUUGGGCGAGGCCUGCACUGCUGUGCUGAGACCUAAGCUAGAAGCUAUACGCCUUUCAGUGGACGAAGUGGUCAAGGCCACUAUGGCGACAGAAACGGCGACAUCGCCCAACGAAACCCGCCAGCCAACAGACCAUCUGACUCCGGUGGCCUCACGUCAGGAACUGAAAGAUCAGCUUUUACAGCGCAGUAAAGAGGACAAGCGGCAUCAGCUGAAUACGCCCGUCACCCAGUUCGCACGGGCUCUGCAGAAGACUCUGCAGCUUAUCGAAACAACGAUUGUCCAGGCACAUCUUCGUCCGCUGCAGGAUGCACCACCUAUUCACGAACUUUUUGUGUUCACUGACAUUGCUACCGUGCGGCGAAACAUAAUUGGAGCACCGCGUGCUGCACUGCACACCGCCCUGAAUAAUCCACAUUUCUACAUGCAGUGUAAGUGCUGCGAGCUGCAAGAGCAGUCACUGCUGGUUGGCACACUGCCCGAUCUCUCCGUGGUUUACAAGCUGCACCUGGAGUGCGGUCGCAUGAUCAACCUUUUCGAUUGGCUGCAGGCCUUUCGAUCAGUUGUGAGUGGCAGCGACAACGAUGAUGUGGCCCAGGAGCAAAUCGAUCCCCGGAUCCAAGCCCGAUUCACGCGUGCCGUAGCCGAGUUGCAGUUCCUGGGGUACAUCAAGAUGUCGAAGCGCAAGACGGAUCAUGCCACCCGAUUAACCUGGUAGCUCGGGAUAUGAACAACCAAAAUCCCUUAGCGAAUAUUAAUUUUCUAUUUAUUUAUAUUGGGGCAAAUUUCAUGUGUGGGACGUUAUAAAUAAAUAAAACAUCAAUCGAUUUGUCUACUCUGUUCGAAAUGC